AUGGCUCCGACGAGAGAGCUUGCUCGUCAGGUUGAGAAGGAGUUUAGAGAGUCUGCUCCAAGCUUGGAUACGAUUUGUCUCUAUGGAGGUACACCGAUCGGGCAGCAAAUGAGGGAGCUUGGAUACGGUAUCGAUGUUGCUGUAGGCACUCCAGGUCGUAUCAUUGAUCUGAUGAAAAGAGGAGCUCUGAAUCUAUCAGAGGUUCAGUUUAUGGUUCUUGAUGAAGCUGAUCAGAUGCUUCAAGUUGGAUUCGCCGAGGAUGUCGAAAUCAUAUUGCAGAAGUUGCCUGAAACGUCAGAGCAUGAUGUUUUCGCUACAAUGCCGAGUUGGAUUAGAUCACUCACCAAGAAGUAUUUGAAUAAUCCUUUGACGAUUGAUCUUGUUGGAGAUUCUGAUCAGAAACUCGCAGAUGGGAUUACAAUGUAUUCAAUCUCUGCAGAGUCUUAUGGAAAAGCAGGCAUUAUUGGUCCUCUUGUAGCGCGAAUACCUUCAAAUGCGAAGCCUUACACGGUGACAUAUCACAGAGUCAGAGAAAGAGCACUUGCUGGUUUCAGAGAUGGGAAUUUCAAUAUCCUUGUUGCAACUGAUGUUGCUGCCGUGGACUUGAUGUGCCUAAUGUCGAUUUGGUGA